AUGCGAAGAGACGUCCGAAUAUUACUCGUGGGUGAUGAGGGUGUCGGGAAGAGCACUAUCGUCACUUCGCUCAUCAAGGAGUCUUUCUUGCCUCAAGUACAACACAUCGUGCCCGAGGUAACCAUCCCACCAGAGGUUACUCCGGAGAAUGUUACGACGUAUAUUGUUGACUCGGGUGCUCGGCCGGAAGACCGGCAACUACUGGAGAUGGAAAUCCGCAAGGCGCAUGUCAUCUGCGUCGUAUACGCCAUAGACAACCCCAACUCGUUUGAUCGCAUACCGACCUACUGGCUGCCGCAGUUCCGACAAUUGGGUGUCAAUGUCCCAGUCAUUCUUGUAGGGAACAAGAUCGACCUCCGCGGCGGCGAGGUUACCAACGAAGCUCUGGAGGCGGAGAUUGUGCCCAUCAUGAAAGAGUUCAAGGAAGUCGAGACGUGCAUCGAGUGCUCAGCCAAGAUGCCGCUCAAUGUCUCGGAGGUGUUCUACUUCGCACAAAAGGCUGUGCUACAUCCGACAGCACCGUUAUACGACUCACGAGAUCAUGUACUCAAACCAGCUUGCGUCGAGGCACUGAAGCGCAUAUUCAAGCUCUGCGAUGCGAAUAAGGACGGGAUAUUGGACGACACUGAGCUCAACGAGUUCCAGCGCAUCGUAUUCGCUGCACCCCUACAACAACAAGAACUAGAGGGCAUCAAGGGGACAGUCCGAGAACACGCUACAAACGGCGUGACGGAGCGUGGUCUCACCGAGGCCGGCUUCUUAUACUUGAAUACAAUGUUCAUUCAACGUGGGCGUUUAGAAACCACUUGGACAGUGUUGCGCAAGUUCGGCUACGGCGAGGACUUGCGCUUGACAGAAGCAUAUCUUUAUCCGAAAUUCGAUGUCCCGCCAGAUUGCUCCGUCGAGCUCAGUCCUCUCGGCUACAAGUUCUUCACGGAGAUCUUCGACGUAUUCGACAAGGACCAAGACGGCGCGUUGAACAGGCAAGAGCUCGAGGACGUAUUCAGCACUUCGCCCGGUAACCCGUGGGUACACCGAGACACCGAGGUAGACACGCUGCAAACGUGGUUAGCGCAAUGGAGUAUGACGACACUAUUGGACCACAAGACGACGCUUGCAUACCUCGCGCAUCUGGGUUACCCGUCUGAACCAAGGACGGACGCGUUGCAGGUGUCGAAGCCACGGAAACAGGACAGGCGGCGGAACAAGUCGAGCCGGAAUGUGUUCUUGUGCUACGUGUGUGGCGCGGCGGGGUCUGGCAAGACAUCAUUGUUGCGGGCGUUUGCGGGGAGGCCAUAUGCGGAUGUGUAUGAGCCGACAGCCAAGAUGUUCAGCGUCGUCAAUUCGGUUGAGAUCGAUGGCGCGGAAAAGUACCUCGUGCUGCAGGAGUUCGGCAGCAAGUACGAAGCCGAAAUGCUCAAGAGCUCAAAAAAGACCGACCUCGCGGACGUGAUUGUGUACGUGUACGACUCGAGCGACACAAACUCGUUUUCCUACAUCAGCAAUCUACGUCAACAAUACAGCCUCGAUCACAUCCCUACGCUCUUCGUCGCAACGAAGUCGGACCUCGACCUUGCGCAGCAGCGACACGAAGUACAGCCUGACGUAUACUGCCGACGCUUGAACCUGCAGGUGCCUGUGGCUGUCAGCGUCCGGACGAGCCAGAUGGCAGACGUUUUCCAGACGAUCUGCAGCAUCGCGAUGCGCCCGAAUUCGUCGAUACCUGGCGGUGCGGAACGCAGCUUGUCACCAGCAGCACGGCUGAGCACGUGGGUGGCCGCGUCCGUAUUCAUGGGCGGGCUUUCGGCCGGUGCGGUCGUAGUAUACCGCGCGCUGAUGCGGCCAGGCGGCAGUGGCACGUUGGGCGCUUUCGGGCAGUGGUUAGGCUGGUUACUUGGGCGGAGGGAUUUGUAG